AUGAACGGAACACUGAACUAUACUGCACUUAAUGUCACGGAAAAAUUUCGGAAUGAGAGCCAAGACGUAUCCCCGAACCACCACAUUCAUGGCUACGAGAAUAUUAUCGACAACAAAUGGGUCCAGACCGCUUUCUGCAUCAUUUACACUAUUAUUUUCGUGUUAGGUCUACUCGGCAAUGUGCUGGUCUGCUUCGUUGUGAUACGAAACCGUGCCAUGCAAACUGUUACAAAUCUGUUUAUAACUAAUCUAGCUCUCUCUGACAUACUACUUUGUCUAUUCGCUGUCCCUUUCACUCCACUAUAUUCGUUCCGUGGUUCCUGGAGUUGGGGAUCGCUACUAUGCCACAUGAUGCCUUCUGCACAGGGUUGCAGCGUAUACAUAUCGACUCUUACUCUUAUGUCUAUAGCUAUUGAUAGGUUUUUUGUAAUCAUAUAUCCUUUUCGACCGAGAAUGAAGAUUGAGACUUGUAUUACAGUAAUAGUUAUGAUAUGGACUUUUUCAGUAACCGUUACACUACCGUACGCGAUUUAUAUGACUUAUUACGAUUUAGAUAUAGGUAGAUUCUGUGAAGAGACGUGGCCGUCCGAGGAUCUUAGACGUAUAUUUGGUUCAGCGACCUCUAUUCUCCAAUUUGUCUUGCCAUUCACAGUGAUUGCGUUCUGUUACACAUGCGUCAGUUUCAAAUUGAACGACAGAGCGAAAGCGAAAGCGGCGAGCAAAAAUACGAGAAAAGAGGAAUUCGAUAAGAAUAGAAAACGAAGAACCAAUCAGAUGCUUAUCGCAAUGGUUACCAUUUUCGGCUUAUCUUGGCUCCCUUUGAACAUCACAAAUCUAUAUAACGAUUAUUAUAUAUACGCCAUACAUUCGAGAUUUUAUUUUCUCAUAUUCUUCAUGUGUCACGUUAUAGCGAUGUCGUCUACGUGUUACAACCCGUUUAUCUACGCGUGGAUGAACGAGAACUUUAGAAAAGAGUUCAAACAAUUGAUACCGUGCAUAGAUACAUCGGCGCAACUGCGAGCUGGUAUUCCUUUGCAGCAAUUAGGGGCGUGCCAAUCAGAGAAAACCUUUAACGGGAACACGACAACAGAUAGCUUUAUGGGUUCGAGCUCGCAAAGAGGCACUUCAUUUAGACAUAAAAGGAAGCCAAGUGCCGCGGCGGAUGUUGAAAAGAGCGGAGUCGAGUUGAAUGAGGACCUUUUGACGGUUGAUGUGAAACAUUGCCAUAUUUCAACCAGUUACAAUUUGAGACGCGAGUCGGUGAAAUUGCGUCUCAUUAACGAAGAGUCAUUUGAUGGAACACCGACACAGAGUCAAUUCUAA